GUCAGGGCUAAUUUUUUGAGGCUGUAUUAAUAAGUGCAUUUGCUCAUUAAAUUUGUUUAGUGCUCUGUAAUACCGACGGUCAGAAAUUGCUAUUUAUUUGACAAACAUUCAUAAGUCAAGUGUUGCAAGCUUAUCCAACGUGAGAUAACAAACAACUGCACAAUAAAGAGAGGAAGAUGGAGUUUAGCUGGACUCAGAAAUUUGCCAGGAACUGCUAGAGAACGAUAUUUUAAUUAAAUGUUGUGAUACGGUCUAGAGAACGUUAUUUUUGCUUGGAUAAUUUAGUCAUAAAACUGCCGAAAUGAAACUAGGUCAGACACCCCAGUGCUCUGUUAACGACAAUAACUGAAAGUCAGGGUUGAUUUCUUCAUAUACUUUUUAAAAGUUUAUGUUCAAUUCAUUAUUAAACAACGAACCAACUUUGCAGAGAUAUAAGUGUCCUGUUUAUACUAAAGUUAUUAAACAUACAUAGUUUAGCAAAUACUAACUGAUGAACAUGUAUAUUUUAUAAAUAACUGUAGAGAUAAGCCAAAUAGCCUGUUAUCGCUGCAACAACAGUCACUCCGCGAUAAAAGUUAGUGAGGUCUAGUCACAAAUUUGCCUUGGGGAGCAGGAAAGGGUCGCAUUUCCAGUGUCCACAAUAUGCUUUGUUAAAACUUUAUAUCAUGAGUUCCACGCCGUGUGCAAUACAAUACUUACGAGCGAGUCAUUCAUACUUAUAACAUUUUGUAGUAUUUAAAGGAGGUUCUCCAAUAUUCACGUUAAAAAGCUGAAACGAUAAAAAUUAAAACCAGACUACAAAUGUUUGUUUAUAAAACAUGACAAUGACAGUGUGUUUUGCUUCGUGUGGCAGUGGAGUUGUAUUUGAUUCACGGAAACACGCACUUAGCCUGUCCUGAUUUAUAUUGAUACGAAAACUGGACUAUUUCGAUAAUUAAAUACGCAUUAUUUAUGUCUGCUCAAGUGUGUGACCCAGCUCGAAGCUCCAAUUCUUGUUCCUAUCUUUUGUUUGCAAAGCAAUUUGUGCAAAUUCAGGCCAUGUUCGAGUAAUAACCAGUGAAUUUUCACCAGGGACGACUUCACAAGAAACCGUGAUUUAGUAUGCACUCACUUGAGUAGCAAAUACUAUAAGAGUUUUUAAAAGAAUUGCGAAAGUGUUCAAAUCGGGAUAUGAGCGAAUCUUAAUCAAGACAGGAAGACACAAAUUUACGAAACAUGGUCCCUCCAAAGUGCUGCAUUUGCCUCUCAUAUUCAACUUCAGAAGAUGGAGAUUAUUUUGUCACUACACAAUCAUGUGGACAUCUUUUUCAUUUUUCUUGUAUAAAAGAGUGGCUGGAUCGUUUAACUCCUCCAAGCCCAAAAUUGUGGUUCGAUGUAGGUGUCCCGUCUGCCGGAGCACAGUUGAAGUCUCCAGCCUCGUCAAGUUGCAUGGCAUGUCGCCCGUUCUUGUAGCAGGACUUGAAGGAAAUGAAUUGAAGUACAAUAUAAAAAUAACGCUACUCGGAGAUAGUGGAACUGGGAAAACAUCCAUGCUCAACUCUUUUACGCACGGUACAUAUCAGGGUGCUGUCAGUGCAACACGAGGUGUGGAUAUGGGUUUCAAAACACUGAACUUUGCCGGAAAGAAGAUAAAAUUGACAGUUUGGGACUGUGCAGGACAAGACCGUUUUCGUGCCAUUUGUCCAUCUUACAUCAGAAAUUCUCAUGGCGUAAUUAUCGUCUAUGAUAUCACUGAUCCCACAAGUUUUAAAAACGUGGACGAAUGGCUCAACGUAGCGUACGAAAGUGCACUUCCCGAGGUAUCCAUUUUACUGGCAGGGAAUAAGUGCGAUUUGGAAGACCAGCGUAAGAUAUCCACUGAAGCUGGGCAGAUUGCAGCAAGAACUUCGGGAUUUGAGUUUAUGGAGACAUCGGCAAAAGAUGUUAUCAAUUUGGACGCCGCAUUUCGAGCCCUUCUCGGCAAGAUUGUUUCCACGCUGUGGGACGAAGGUUACAUCGAUUCGUUUGAGAUUUACCCACCUACAAUUAAAUUGAGCAAUGAGGCAUCCACAAUCGAGGAGCGACCCUCGAGAUGUAGUAAAUGUUGAGUUUCUCCCUCGAAAUCAGGUUUUUAAUUACUGACCAACUUUAUCACCACAAUAUUGUGUCAAAUCUUAAGAAAUCCGCUAGACAAGGUACAAUACGUAAUUAUAACAAUUAUACGCGUACUGACAAAUUUUGAUUGUAAUAUCAAAUAAUAAAUAAGAAUGCAUAUAGCA